CACGCUCGUGAACAGGAUGGUGACGUAGCCGUCCUCUCCUUCAUGACUUGCCGGGCAACAUGGAAACAAAGGCCUGCCCCUUUUUUCAUGAGGAUAUCUGCACAGCCAGCGUUACUUUACGUGUAAUCAAGAUUACUAAAUCGGAUUACGAUACUUUUAUUGUAAUUUAGCUCGUCGUUAGUGGCAGAAAUAGCGUCCGAAAUGGAUGUGGAGCAGCAUGAGACCUGCGGAGAGACUAAAUCGGCCAUUAACACUUGGCGUUAUCGCCACCAUUUCACGUACAAGGCUGAUCAGGGGAAAAAUAUAAUCGUCCAAUGUAAUCUGUGCCUGCCGAGGGUCAAUCUGUUGUCCACGUCGAAAACGUCCACGUCAAACCUAAAGAAGCAUUUAGACAGAACACAUCUGGGCUGUGAGGCCAGGCCGGAUGCAAAGAGAGGGAGAAAGAAGGAGGAGUACAAUGGAGAGGAAAGCAGACACUGUCAGCUGAAAAAACUGAAAGCAGAGAUCAUCUCCAAAUGCCUGACGCAGUCCAAGAUUGAUGAUCUCAUAUUCAGUUUCAUUGUGGAGGAUUGUCAGUCUUUCUACGUGCUGGAGCAGCCUGGUUUCAAGAAGCUGGUCACAGGUUUGACAGAGGGGCUAAAGAUCAUGGACAGGGUGACCCUGUUCACAAAAGUGGACCAUGGCCUUUCCAGAAUGCGGGAGGAGAUGCUGGCGAAGCUCAGCUGCAUCCAAUACGUGUGCACCACAGCAGACAUCUGGACGGCAAACGACAGAAGCUUCUUUGGCAUGACGUGCCACUGGAUCGACACGGAGUCUCUGGAGAGGAAGUCUGCUGCUCUGGGGUUCCCGCGGCUGCAGGGUAGGAUCACGUAUGACUCCAUCGCUGGGCGGAUACAUGACACCCAUGUAGCCUACAACAUCGAAAGUAAAGUCCAGACCACGGUCACUGACAAUGCCAGUCCUUUCGUCAGCGUCUUCAGAGAGUUUGCCCCGGACAGUCAGGAGAGGGAUGAUGACUUUGGGUUUUUUGAGAAUGUGAGCACCAUAUUGGAGGGUGAGCCAGAGCAGGACAUGCUCUUGUUCCUACCCCCUGUGCAGCACUGUGCAUCACACACCCUUGAACAGAUCGUCACUGAGGACUUUUGGCAGGCUAUCUCGCAGGGGCCCAUGUGUCAGCUGCAUUACAGUUCCAUGACCAAGGUGUUCUCCAUAUGGAGCAAAUGCCAUCAUCUCCAGGUCGGGAUGGGGGCAGCGGAGGAGAUUGGAAAGAUGGCGCUGGUUGUCCCAGCUGUUAUCCGUUGGAACGUGGAGUACUGUGCUGUGCAGAGGAUCGUCUCCCUUAGUGAGCGGGAGCUGACGGAGCUCUGUGCCCGUCUGGAGGUUGCACGCUUGCAGGCGGAGGAAAUGGCCUUCCUGAAAGAAUAUGUGACUGUGUUCCACCCUCUUGCAUUUGCACUCGAACUUUUUCAAGCGGAGCAGAAGUGUUACCUUGGUCUCGUCAUCCCAACCGUCUUAAGCUUGAAGAACAAGCUAAAUGAGCAGAAGGAUGCAGCCAAUUACUUUAGCGAUGUCAUCAACACCAUUGUUGUGGCGAUCGAUGUUCGAUUUCAGGAGUUUUUCUCCAGCACAGAGGCAAAGAUCGCCACGGCAACGACCCCUCAGUUCCGCCUGUGGUGGAUGGCGGCCUCCGAGAGGGAGGAGAUGUGCUCUCUACUGGCCACCGAGGCUUCCCAGAUGGUUCCCUGCGACGUAGCCGAGGCCAACACCAGCCACAUCCUGUCCACAAUAGAAUCCGAGGACGACUUUUUCAGCUACGGGUCUGCAAAGACUUCCACUCAGAUCCAGCAGCGAGGGGUGAUGGAGGAGAUCCGCAAGUACGUUGAGGGAACAGGGAAAAGCCUUGAGUGUCUGCAGGAUUUCCCCAGAGUGAAGCAGCUUUUUCUCAAAUACAACACCACCCUGCCUUCAUCGGCCCCCGUCCAGCGGCUCUUCAGCCAGAAGGGCAACCUCAUGACCUCACAGAGAAACUUUCUAACAGACGACUACUUUGAACGCAUUCAGCUUUUAAGAUACAACAGCAACGUAUGUCCUUUGAUAACAGAAUGA